AUGGGAUUGAUAUUGGAAGGGGAAGAGAACGACCAAGUCUUGCUUCCUCCCUCCAAUUUCUCAUUGGUCGAGGACGGCAUUUUCAGAUCCGGCUCCCCUCAAUCCUCCAAUUUCCCAUUCCUCGACUCCCUAAAUCUCCGAUCCAUCAUAUAUUUGUGUCCCGAACCAUACCCGGAGGAGAACUUGGAUUUUCUUCGCUCUCGGAAUAUUCGGCUCUUUCAGUUUGGAAUCGAAGGGAAGACGGAGCCUUCUUUAUCUAAUCUCAAGGAUACGAUCAUGGAGGCUCUGAAAGUCUUAAUUGAUGUUAGAAAUCAUCCAGUUUUGAUCCAUUGUAAGCGUGGGAAGCAUCGGACAGGUUGUCUGGUUGGUUGCCUGAGAAAAUUUCAGAAUUGGUGUUUGUCUUCUGUGUUUGAGGAGUACCAACGAUUUGCUGGUGCAAAAUCUAGGGAAAUAGAUUUGACAUUCUUAGAGACGUUUGACGCAAAGUGCCUGAGACCGUGUCUUUACAGCAUUAUAUACCAAUAUCAAGGAUAUGGCUCGAACAAGAGGCGUUUGCUGUACACAGAAGAGAAUUUACAAAAGCCCCAAAUCACGUCAGUUUAA